AUGGCUCCAGGACGCACGAAUAAAAGGAGACGCCUGAGCCCUCCUGGUGGUGAAGGCAAUGGCACCUCGAAAACCUCCAAGGGCUCAGCCUUGAACAACUUCUACAGCAACGCUUCCGAAUGGGAUCUCGAACAAGAUUACGAGCGCCGUCCGCGCAAAUUGGGCAAGAAAGAUAAGGAGAGGACUAGGUUACCUAUCAAAACCGCGGAGGGUCUACAAAACAUUGAGGAACAGGAGCCUGAAGAGUCUGACAGUUUCCUUGGCACCGAUGACGAUGAGGAGGAUGUAGCCUCCGGCGCCGAGGAUGACAUGGACGAGGAUAAGGAAACACCUGCGGAGGAGGAGGAGAAGCCCAAGAUUCCGAUGAAAUUGCAGAUCCUACAGGCGAAAGAAGAACUUGCAAAACUGGCGACUUUGAUCAAUGAAGACCCGGAGGAACAUCUUGGCUCUUUCAAAACAAUGGCUGAAAUGGUUAAUAACGGGGCGCACGUUGCAAUCAAGAAGCUGGCUCUUGCCUCGCAAGCUGCUAUAUUUAAGGAUGUGAUCCCAGGCUACCGCAUCCGUCCUCUCAGCGAUAGCGAAAUGUCUGCUAAGUUAUCGAAAGAAGUGCGCAAACUGCAAAACUACGAACAGUCGCUUCUCUCAAAUUACAAACACUACGUUCAGAAGUUGACUGAGCUUACAAAGCCGUCUAAAGCUACGCAGGAGGAAAUUGAUCCUAGUUUAAAAAGUCUUGCGAUCAACUGCGCUUGCAACAUGCUUCUUUCUGUACCGCAUUUCAACUUUCGCGGGGAGCUCUUGAAAAUCCUUGUCAACCGGCUCGCAAAGAGACAAGUAGAUGCCGAUUUUGCUAAAUGCCGGGAAACACUCGAGGAAGUCUUCGCAAGAGAUGAGGACGGAGUUGUCUCCCUUGAAGCCGUUCGUCUCCUGUCGAAGAUGAUGAAGGCGAAGGAAUUCAGAAUCAAUGAAAGCGUCUUGGACACCUUCCUGCACCUCCGACUACUCUCCGAAUUCUCUUCUAAGGCAUCAAGAGACCGGGUCGAUCGUGAGCCAGAGGAGAACACAUUCUUUGGGAAGAAGAAGCAAAAGAAGGAAUUUCGCACUAAACGGGAACGCAAGAUCGCAAAGGAACGGAAGGCCGUGGAGAAGGAUAUGAAGGAAGCCGACGCCUUAGUGUCCCAUGAGGAAAGAGAUAAGAACCAAGCAGAGACUUUGAAACUUGUGUUUGGGGUCUACUUCCGCAUUUUGAAACUCCGCAUUCCUACAUUAAUGGGCCCGGUACUCGAGGGCCUUGCUAAAUACGCGCAUCUGAUCAACCAAGAUUUCUUUGGCGACUUGCUCGAGGCUCUGAAGGACUUGAUCGGGCACGCUGAUCGAGACGAAAUUGAAGACGACGACGUGGACGAUGAGGAUCCUGAAUCUGCAACAACAUCAAGAGAUUCUCAGCGUGAAGCCCUCCUUUGUACUGUCACUGCCUUUGCGCUCCUUCAAGGACAGGAUGCUAGCAAGGCGGCAAGCACACUCCAUCUUGACCUAAGCUUUUUCAUCAAGCAUCUUUAUCGCUCCCUGUACUCUCACUCAAUCAACACUGACAUCGAAUUCAACCCCAACAAGUCUCUUCGGCUCCCCGAUCCAGAUGACAAUAGCUCGACGCAGCAAUUUCAGCCGAGGAACAAGGUCAACUUUCAGACUCCGACAGUUCUGCUGCUCCGCUGCCUCCAGUCCACACUUCUGUCCCGCUCACAAGGCAUACCACCUCCGGUGCGUGUUGGUAGCUUCACUAAACGACUCCUGACGACGUCUCUCCAGGUCCCUGAGAAGUCCGCCAUUGCUACGCUUUCCCUUCUAAACCAGGUAGCGAAGCAUCACGCAAAUCGUAUUUCUCCAUUGUGGCACAGUGAGGAGCGUAAAGGUGAUGGUGUAUACAACCCAUACGCAACAGAUAUAGAAGCAACUAAUGUCUUUGCUGGGACGGUAUGGGAAGGCGAAUUACUGCGACUACACUACUGUCCACAAGUCCGUGAUGCUGCUGUGGAUAUGGAGAAGAUGAUCUCGAGGAAAUAA